CUUUUUUGAAAUUUCACCACUUAUUCAGCCGAUUUCUCGAUUUAAAGGACCUAAAUGUACCCCUUAAUAAUGUAGUAUGAGCAACAAAUGAAUCUAGAAACCUUUCGUAUCAAAUAAUGAUGCUAUGUGACUAUAUCUCAGCAAUGUCAGGGUAAUGGAGUCUAGUCAAAUAUACAGCGCAAUAGUUGUCCUCGCUGUCACAGUUUGCUAUUAUAAUGCACUGGAAUGUGGUUUUGUCUUUGACGAUGCAUCAGCCAUUAAGGAAAAUAAAGACUUGCGUCCUAAGACCCCCAUAAGUAACCUGUUCUGGAAUGACUUCUGGGGGACACCUAUGCCUAAGGAAAAAAGUCACAAGUCCUAUAGACCACUAUGUGUGCUAACAUUCAGACUGAAUUAUGCCUGGGGAGAGUUGGAUCCUGUAGGGUACCACUUAGUCAAUGUCAUACUCCAUGCAGCAGUCUGUCUUAUCUUCAUGAGGGUCUGCUGUAGUGUGAUGUCUGAACUGUCCAGCUUCCUUGCUGCCUUAUUGUUUGCAGUUCACCCAGUGCAUACAGAAGCUGUCACUGGAGUGGUAGGUCGAGCUGAACUCUUGUCUUCUAUCUUCUUUCUUGCCGCCAUAAUGGCCUACUCUGCUGCAGCCUCUAGCUCAAUACACACAGACUGGAAAUAUGUCGGUGUGACACUGAUGCUAGUUGCUAUAGCGACACUAUGCAAAGAACAAGGAAUCACUGUAGUUGCAGUUUGCUGCGUAUAUGACAUCUUUGUUCUACAAAAGAUUACCAUUCCAACAUUGCUUCAAACAGGAAUCUCAUUAUUUCGGGGGAAACCCACGAAGAACUCAAAAAAUGCUAAAGUGACGUCCGGGUUGCCUCCUAAGCUACGCAGGGCUGUUACUCGAGCAAUCGUGCUUCUUGCCAGCACUCUAGUCCUCCUGGUGGCCAGGAUAAAAGUUAUGGGUGCUCAGCUACCUGUUUUUACUAAGUUUGACAACCCAGCAUCUGCUGCACCAACUCCCAGCCGCCAGCUCACCUACAACUAUCUGCUGUCAAUCAAUGCUUGGCUCCUCCUAUUUCCAAAAAGCCUCUGCUGUGAUUGGACAAUGGGAACAAUUCCUGUGAUCCAGGGGUUCAGUGAUCCCAGGAAUUUAGCCACUCUUUUGUUCUACGCCAUGUUGGGAUCCUUGGUAUAUUUUGCAGUGGUCAGUAAAGGUCAAAGGACACAAGCUUUAAUACUAGGUCUUGCCAUGCUAGUUUUACCAUUCAUCCCAGCAUCUAACUUAUUCUUCCCAGUGGGGUUUGUUGUGGCUGAGAGGAUCCUCUACCUCCCCAGUAUGGGCUUCACCAUUCUUGUCACCCUCGGCUUUGAAGUUGUCUUGGAAAGAAAGAGAGCAUGGCGUCAUCUUUUAUGGCUGUUGAUGGCAUGUAUGUUGCUAGCACAUGGGGCUAGGACUGUUGUCAGGAAUCGAGACUGGUAUUCAGAAUACACAUUAUUUAAAUCUGCAUUGGAAGUAAACAAAGACAAUGCCAAGUUGUACAACAAUGUUGGUCAUGCAUUGGAGAAUGAACAGAAGUUUGAAGAUGCAUUAGGAUACUUUCUACAAGCUGCUAGUGUCCAGCCUGAUGACAUAGGAGCACACAUCAAUGUUGGGAGAACAUAUAACAACCUGAAUAACACACAGAAGGCAGAGGAGGCUUUUAGAGUAGCCUUGUCACUUAUGCCACCUAUAAAGCCAGGUGAAAGCUACACAACAAGGAUAGCUCCUAACCACCUUAGUGUAUUUGUCAGCCUUGGUAACUUGGUGGCCAAGGACCCUAACAGACUACGAGAAGCUGAUCAGCUGUAUAGGUCUGCUAUAAGUAUGCGUGCUGACUACAUUCAAGCGUACAUCAACAGAGGGGACAUCUUACUGAAGCUCAAUAAAACCCAAGAGGCAGAACAACAGUAUGAAGUUGCAUUAAGAUAUGAACAUGACAACCCAGACAUUCAUUACAAUCUUGGUGUUGUGUUGAUUGAACAAGGAAGACAGCUAGAUGCACUAAAGUCAUUUGAUCGUGCCUUGAACUAUGACCCUGAACAUAAACAGACUCUCUUCAAUUCAGCUGUUCUCAUGCAGGAAAUAGGAGACCCUAAAUUAAGACCAGAGGCAUUUAAAAGGUUACAUGAAGUGAUGCCAGAUGACCCUGACAAUGAGAAAAUCUACUUCAACCUUGGCAUGCUUGCUAUGGAUGACAGUGACUUCCCAGCUGCUGAGAAAUGGUUCAAGAAGGCAAUACAGCUGGUGCCCAAUUUCCGAAGUGCCCUAUUCAACAUUGCUCUGUUGUUGACCAAUGAUCUCAACCAGCCAUUAGAUGCCAUGCCAUACCUAGAGCAGCUAUUACAGCACUAUCCAGAACAUACUAAGGGCCUUAUAUUGAUGGGUGACAUCAACAUAAAUCAUAAAAAAGACAUUGCUGCAGCUGAGAAGAAUUUCGCCAGGGUUGUCGAAAUCAAUCCAAAGGAUGUUCAAGGCAAUCACAAUUUGUGUGUCGUAUAUGUGGAGCAGGGUGAUCUCCUUAGAGCUGAACAAUGUCUCAAAAACACUCUAAAACUUGCCCCAGGGGAGGGCUACAUAAAGAAUCAUCUGGAUAUAGUACAGACCAGGAUCAAACACUAUAGGCAGCAGCAAGAAAUGCAACAAAAACAGCUGAAAGAUCAAAAGCAGCAAAAACAUAAAGAAAACAAGUGAUGUAAUUUGAGUC